GGGGGUGAGGGGAGAGGGAAAGGGAAAGGGAGAGGGAGGCGCCGCCGCCUCGCAGAGAGGCCCGGACAGUGCGAGCAGCCCCACCAACCACCGAACCACCCGUCGACCGAGCGAGAGAAAGAAAGAAAGAAAGAAAGAAAGAAAGAAAGAAAGAAAGAAAGAAAGAAAGGCCGCCGGGGUGGCGGCCCUGGCCCGGCCCGGCCCGGCGGGCGGGAGGGCGUGCUUCCUGGUGAUCCCGGUUUCCGUGCCCCGAAGAAACAUGAAGCACCAAUACAUCGUGAUGCCUCUGGUUGCUAUCCUGAUAUUCAUAACGUGGAUCCCUCUGUCGCUGAGUUGUAACAAAGCUCUCUGUGCUAGUGAUGUAAGCAAAUGUCUCAUUCAGGAGCUAUGUCAGUGUCGACCGGGUGAAGGAAACUGUUCCUGUUGUAAGGAGUGCAUGCUUUGUCUAGGCACGCUUUGGGAUGAGUGCUGUGACUGUGUUGGAAUGUGUAAUCCCCGCAAUUACAGCGACACCCCCCCAACAUCGAAGAGCACCGUGGAGGAACUGCACGAACCAAUUCCGUCUCUCUUCCGAGCUCUCACCGAAGGAGACACCCAGCUGAACUGGAAUAUAGUUUCUUUUCCCGUUGCCGAAGAGCUCUCACAUCAUGAAAACCUGGUUUCGUUUUUAGAAACCGUCAACCAACCCCAACACCAGAACGUGUCUGUUCCCAGCAACAACGUCCAUGCCCCAUAUUCCAGUGACAAAGAACACAUGUGUACUGUGGUUUAUUUUGAUGACUGCAUGUCAAUACAUCAGUGCAAGAUCUCUUGUGAGUCCAUGGGAGCAUCUAAAUACCGAUGGUUUCAUAAUGCCUGCUGUGAGUGUAUUGGGCCUGAAUGUAUUGACUAUGGCAGUAAAACCGUCAAAUGUAUGAACUGCAUGUUUUGAAGAAGAAAUAGGAUUCGUAGAAAAUGCAGGCCAGAAUGAUUUUUUCGUUGAAAAGGAAGGGAUCGAAAGUCACUCGUUGGUGAAGUGUACUGGUUGCAUCAGAAUACCAGCGAUUUGCGGGGAGAAGAUGUAAAAAAUUUGAAGUCUGUCUCUAUCUUGUUUUUGCUUUUUUAAAUACAACAGAAAUUAGUAACAAUUUUGAAUAUCAUGUUUUAAGUUUUUUUCUUUUUUAAAAAUCCACUGAACAUUUGCCUUUCCUUACCUGAUAUAUGCUAGCAAUAAACUAUGUUUUGAAUAUAACCUCAUUUUGAUUUUGAAUCUGUAACAGUUGUUUUAGUCAUUUUAGGAUGAAGCUUUAAGGUGGUGACAGCAAGAGGGCCAGCAUUUAAGUUUAAUCAAAUCCAAAAAGCAACUGCUUGAAUGGAGAAUUCACUGAAACAUCUGCGUUCUCUCCCCAUCCAACCAAAAUAAAAUGUUUUGUCUCUGCCAGA